AUGUGGCAAGUAGCGCAACGAAGGGAUGUCAUGGAUUAUGAGAAGCUAGAGGAGUUUGUCGGCCUUGUGACAGCGACAGUUCCAGACCUGCUGAAUGAGAAACAGAGGGCCAAGCUCCUUCUGCGGCUGCGAACAAGGGUUAGUAGCGAAUACAUGUAAGGAUAGAUGUUAAGGAUGUUGUUUAUGUAAACUGGAACCCCUAACAGCAGUAGUUUUGACAGUGUGUUUAGAGCUAUCUCUGAUUCUUUAUCUUGGGGUUUAUGUAGCUGCUGAUCGGUUAUGGUUAGGUCCUGUACAUUUUCCUGAUUGCAUGUGGGCUGUCCAUGGUUCUGAUCGGUUGGGUUCUGUCUAUUGUACCGAUUGCACAGAUUCUGUCGGUGGUCGUCAUUGGUUGGGUGCUGUUGUCUACUUUCUUGAAUACUGUUAUUCCUUUCAGGUGAUACUAGAGUUGUGUUCCGCUGAUCAUACAGCCAAUAUCCAGAUCAUCCAACCCCACCUGGACAGAAUUCGACCCCCUGGACACACAGGGGCAAGUGAUGAUACUCCGUGGAGGACAACUGUUCAAUUUGGCCAGGGGCCAUAUGUAUCAAGCUUCUCAGAGUAGGAGUGCUGAUCUAGGAUCAGGUCCCCUCUGCCCUUGUAAUCUUAUUCAUUGUGAUAUAAAAGGCUAAACUGAUCAUAAAUCAGCACUCUUACUUUGAGAUGCUUGAUGCAUAUGGCCCCUGGGCUUCAUGGAACCGCCAUUGCCAUUCUUAUCAUUUGAAAUGUGCUUAUUUAAAUCAUUUAUUUGCGUAGGAUAGGAUACAAUUAAAACAUUGACAUAUUGAAUAAACAACCGUCAGAUCCUUUGCACCAAUUUCCAGUGCUUGCUCCUAUAUGUCAAGGCCAUCAAGGACUGCAGUGUUGCUCCCUCUUACUUUCAGGCCUGGGUGACGGUGGUUUACUCUUCCCUUAUCACUGAGUGUGACUUCUAUUUCACAGAGUGGAGAUGCUGAGGUGGAUGCAGAGGAGGCCAUCUUCCUGGAGCUCAUCCAGACUCUGCUGAAAGAUCCAGCGGAGAGAGAACACUUCUUCCAGGUCAGUCUGCCUCCAUCAUAUGUUAAUGUCCGUCUUCUCUCACUAGCUUCCUGGUUCUGUUUAGUUACCAAAGACAAUAUAUACAGUCCUUGGAAUUAUAUUCCUCCGGAGGGAAGUUUCCCCUAGGUACAGAUCUAGGAUCAGCUUCCUCGUCCCCAAUCUGACCUUGACCAUCAGUGGGGUAAAUGCAGAACUGACCCAAGAUUAGUAUCUAGGGACAGAUUCACCCUACACCAAUUAUAUCCCCAUCUAUCUUGAUUGCAGGAGGUGUUUCCAACGGAGUACGGCGCCAACUAUGACACAGAUAUGCAGCUACUUGUGUGGGAAUUCCUCUCUAAACUGGAGAAGAUACUGCCAGUACCAGACCUUGGACAGGUACCACAAAGUAACACUUCACCAAGUCACCUUCAGCUGCGUUCAAGUCACCUUCUGUUUUUGUAUUGUGUAUUGGGAAAAUAGUGCCGUGCUCACCAGGAUGCCAACAUUAGACUGGUUAAGUUAUAGGAGGGUAAUAUAUCUUCUGUAUCUUAUUAGGAGAAGAUAUCCAAGAUGUACUGUCACUUUCUGCACAUAACCUCUGCCUUAUAGCCACCCUGGGGCCACACUGUUAGCCCGAGGUGCUAGCCAGUGGCUUCUCUGGGUUUCUUGAAAUGGGCCUAGCAUUGUGUAACUUCAUCAAAAUAUAGUAUGAUGUGGGGCAUUUUUAUAAAAUAGUUCAAUUUAGGGAGAAAGAAACAUGUAAACUUUCCAGCAUAUUGUCACUCACUUGUUUGUAUCUCUGCUCCUAUAGACUGUGUCAUGGCUCAGUUCCGCCCCCUCUGUCCUGGAUGAGUGUUUGCAGGCCCUCUCUCAACCAGAGGACCUGAAAUCCCUGCUGCAACACCACACAUGUCUUGAGAACUUGGGCACUCAGAGUAAGGAGGAAAUACUGAAUGUGGAGACUGGUAUGCCCUGUAAAAACAACCACCUAAUGCUUGUGCUGCCCCUGUCUCACUAUUAGUCUCCCUUUCUUCUUCCCAUUGUAUUCCUUCAGGUCACACCGUUGAGAUGUCUUCCCAGGUCUUUGCCUGUUCCCAGUGCCCAUUCUUUCACAUGCAGGAAUCCUACCUCCUCCAGCACAUUGAGCGAAAUCACCCAGAGGAGUACAGCAAGCUCCAGAAAACUGAAGAGAAAUCAGCGCCUCCCAGGAAAAAGUUCCCCCGUCCUGAAUUCCCCAAGCCUUUCCCUAUCCAUGCAAGCUCUGAACCCGGUGCGCACACGUGCCACGAGUGUGGAAAGACUUUCACACGCUCGUCAGACGUGACCAGGCAUCAGCGCAUUCACACAGGGGAGCGUCCGUACACCUGCAAGGAGUGCGACAAGGGUUUCAAAAACUCCUGGGAUCUGACGAGGCAUCAGCGGAUUCACACCGGGGAACGCCCAUAUAUCUGCCCUCAAUGUGGCAAGGGGUUCACCCAACUAGGCCUACUAUCACUGCACUUCACAAGAACACCUUGUGGCCAGAGUGCUGAUCCCCCGCUACAGUCCACAGAGCAGCAGGAGGAGGAGCCAAACGACAAAGGGAGUGGUCAGUACAAGUGCCAGAAAUGUGGGGCUAGCUUUGACACCAUACUAGAGCGGCUGAAGCAUAGGCAAACCCAUGUGGUGAAUCGCCAGUACAAGUGUUCCCAGUGCGAGAAGAUCUACGGCCGCCCAUCUGACCUGAGGAGACAUCAGAUGAAGCACACCGGAGAGAGACCCUUCCCCUGCGCAGAGUGCGGCAAGGGCUUCACUCACGUGUGGCUGCUGAACAAGCACCGGCAAAUCCACACCAAGGAGCGGCCAUACCCGUGCCCGGAGUGUGGCAAGAGUUUCACCCAGUUACAGAUACUGAACAGACACCAACUGAUUCACAACGGGCAGAGGCCUUUCCAGUGCUCCUACUGCGAGAAAAGCUUCACUCAGCUCGCGGGCCUGACAAGACAUGAGAGGAUUCAUACAGGGGAGAGGCCAUAUCUCUGCACCGUCUGUCAGAAGACCUUCCUAACACAUGGGGAGCUGGUAAGACACCAACGCAGCCACAGCGAUUUCAGACCAUUCUCUUGCUCCCAGUGUCCCAAGAGCUUCAAAACCAAGCGUGCACAGAGUGAACACAUGAAUACCCACACAGGGGAGCGACCGUUCUCGUGCGCACACUGUGGGAAGGAGUUUGCUAAGUCUACUUCACUCAUAAGACACAAUCUGAUGCACACAGGGGAGAGACCGCAUCAGUGCACUCAGUGUGGCAAGACCUUCCUUACCUCUGGGGAGCUGCUCCUCCACAGGCGAAUACACACAGGGGAGCGGCCUUACCCGUGCUCGGUCUGUGAACGGAGGUUUAGGUGUUCAUCAGACCUGACCAUGCAUCUGCGGACACACACAGGGGAGCGACCAUACUCCUGUCUGUUGUGUAAAAAGUCCUUCUCCACGUCAACGCGUCUCAAAAGGCACCUGCGCACUCACAUAGGGAAAGGUGUGUAAUCAUGGCGAGAGCCUUUGAAAAUAUUGUCAAGUAUAUUAAUUUAUUUUCCAAAUCAUGUUUAUGGACUGCAUUACAGAAUAGUAUAAGGAGACAUAAUAUAUGCAUUUUACUAAGAAACUCAGCCUUACAACACGCCUCUAUUAAAAAAUAAAAUAAUGCCUUCAAUUCACAUUAAAC